AUGAUUGGAAAGCCUAGCAGUUAUAACUAUUUGGUAAAUAGAGGUAAAUUUUACAUACUCUUUUCAAUAAAAUUUAAAUAGUUUUUUCUUUGAGCAAUUAAUUAAUUUUUUUUCAAUAAUUUUAAUUAAAUUUUCUUAUAGGAAAGUUAGACGAUCUCACAGCAUUGAAUGCUAUAAAUCAAGGUGGCUAUCCUCAACAACGAUCUCCAGAACGCGCAGCAAGAAACCCAUUAAAAGUAGAUGACAUUCAAGGAGCCUCAUCAAAGAGCAGUUACCUAAAACCAGGAACACAGAAAUACCCAACUAGCCAAGGUCCACAAGGUCUUAGUCUUCCUAGCUAUGACCAAGGAUACCAAAAUCCUCCUUCAUCUGAUCAUAAUCGAAGAUUUCAAAGCAACCCACGAUCUUUAAUGGCUCCCUAUGCAGUCCUAGAAGACAACCCUCCUGAUCUCCUUGCCAGACGACAAAUGGGCGAAAUAGUCCAACAAAAAGAAGCCAAAAUGAGCAGAAAUCCAAUGCCUAAUCAGCCCUAUUCAAAUUACCCUCCUCAAGCCCGUCUAGGAGCAUUCCCUACUGCCGUAAAUAACCAAAUUACAGACUCCGUUAUCCAAAGAAAGCCAAAUUAUACAGAUUUCCCUCCUAGCCUAAACCCUCAGAUCACAGAUUCUGUUGUCCAAAUGAACGUCAAUAUUUCACCAAACGAUGAAGCUUAUUUAAGAAACGCCGCAUUGUUUUUUGGAGUUGAUCUACAAUCAGAUUCUAAUCCAUAUGCUGGACAAAUUAAUCGACAAAUGAUGGAUAAUCCAAAUGUCCCUAGAAAUGACUCUAAUUACCAGAAAAAUGCUGCUAAAUUCUUUGGAAUUACCCCGCCUCCUACAGGGUAUCCUAUGAGAGGUGAGUUAAGAAGUGACGCAAAUAUGCCGUCUUAUAAUGAUAGAGUCUAUAUAAAAAAUGCUGCAAAAUUCUAUGGAGUAACCCCACCUCAGACUGGAGAUGUAAGCCAAGCUGUUAGAGGAAAUUUUGGUGGGGAUCAGUAUACGUCAGUGAAUGACCCAAAAUAUGCUAAAAAUGCAGCAAAGUUUUAUGGAAUCACUCCACCGCCCACUGGAUUUCUCCAGCAAAGCCAAAAUUAUCAACAAAUAAGCUCUCAGCAAAUAAAUAUUUCGCCAAAUGAUUUGGCAUAUCAAGCCAAUGCAGCAAGAUUCUUUGGAGUUGACCCACCCCAAACUACGCACAAUAAUUACUCUCAGCCUGAAGUUUCGUAUAACGAUCCAGUUUAUAAAAAAAAUGCUUCAAAAUUCUACGGUGUCACCCCUCAGGCAACAGGUAAUAAUUUUGCUCAAGAAAACAUUUAUUCUCCUUCCUAUAAUGAUCCAAAAUAUCAAAGAGAUGCUGCAAAUUUUUAUGGAGUUACUCCAUUACCAAGCAGAGGAGGACCUGAAAUGAUGCAGAAUAUAGGAUCUAAAAACCCUGGAAGCUAUAAUGAUUUUUCAAGACAAAACAUAGACAAUGCAUAUGCUAAAAAUGCAGCUAUUUUUUUUGGGGUAAGUCCUCCUAAUUCAGCAGGAAAUGAUGGAUUAAUGGCUAGGAACGAAAAACCAAUGGCGAAUUAUUUUGAAAUGGCACCUACUCAAGGCGGAAUAAAUCCUCAACAAGAUCCAAAGUAUAUGAAAAAUGCUGCAAAGUUUUAUGGGAUUACACCGCCACCUACAGGAUAUAAUUAUGGCGCCGGAGGUAGCCCACAAAUGAUGAAUCAAUAUAAUAGUUAUGCAAGUAACAAGCCAGGACUAGCUGCGAAUGCAAGAAGGAUAUUUGGGUAA